AUGCUGGUGAUCCUCCUCAACUGCGUGACUCUGGGGAUGUUCCAGCCCUGUGAAGACGUCACCUGUCAGUCAGAGUGGUGCCGCAUCCUACAGGUAUUGGACGACUGUAUUUUUGCUUUCUUUGCUGUGGAAAUGGUCAUCAAGAUGGUGGCCCUAGGGAUUUUCGGCGCCAAUUGUUACCUUGGUGACAAGUGGAACCAGCUUGACUUUGUCAUCGUCAUGGCGGGGGUGAUGGAGUAUUCUCUGGACGGCCAUAAUGCCAGUCUGUCAGCCAUCCGUACCGUCCGAGUGCUCAGGCCACUGCGGGCCAUCAACAGAGUACCAAGUAUGCGGAUCCUGGUGACACUGCUGUUGGACACCCUGCCCAUGCUGGGAAAUGUCCUUCUCCUCUGCUUCUUUGUCUUUUUCAUCUUCGGGAUUGUGGGAGUCCAGCUGUGGGCGGGGCUACUGCGCAACCGCUGCUUCCUGGGAGAGGAUGUCAAAACAAUGUACAACUUGUCCAUAAGCGAUUAUUACAUGCCAGAAGAAGGUGAAGACAGCCCGUUCAUCUGCUCGGCUCCCCGCGAGAACGGGAUGCUGCGCUGCAACAGUGUGCCGCCUCACACAGAGGGCGGGGCCGAGUGCUCAUUGGCUGCUCCCCACCAAAGUUCAGCUCUAAUUGGAUCGGGGUCUGCGAUGGGUGGUGCCAGUGUUAACGGCUGUGUUAACUGGAACCAGUACUAUAAUGCGUGUCGUCCCGGGGAACGCAACCCUCACAAGGGGGCUGUCAACUUUGACAAUAUCGGCUACGCCUGGAUAGCCAUAUUCCAGGUCAUCACACUGGAGGGAUGGGUUGAUAUCAUGUACUAUGUCAUGGAUGCUCACUCCUUCUACAAUUUUAUAUAUUUUAUACUGCUCAUUAUCGUGGGCUCUUUCUUCAUGAUCAACUUGUGCCUCGUGGUCAUCGCCACCCAGUUCUCCGAGACGAAGCAAAGGGAGAACGCCCUGAUGAGGGAGCAGCGCGCUCGCUACAUGUCCAACGACUCCACACUCGCCAGCUAUAGUGAACCGGGCUCCUGCUACGAGGAGAUGCUACGCUACAUCAGCCACCUUUAUCGCAAGUUCACACGCAGGCUGCAGAGGAUAUACUCCGGGUGGCACAGUAAACGGCGUAAAAAGGUGAAUCCUAACGGCAGUGGCGGAGGCAGUAACGGCGGGGGUAAUGGACACGGCCACAGCUCCAGCAGGGCCUGCGGAGGCUUAGGCCCGGGUAGCGCACUGUGGUUGAGACCAAUCCACAACCUUCUGCAGCACCAUCAGCACCAGCACUGUCGCCUCAGCAAUGGGGGGCAGCACACCAUCACCGUGGCAUCCGCCGAGCACACGGAUGGAGAAGGAGGCGAGGAGCUAGAGAUGAAGACGCUUCCUGUGCGGAGAGGAAGUACAAAUGGAAAUAGCAGUGGUGGUGGUGGCAACCCGUCCAUUGUCACCCAGGGCAUGGGGGCAUUGCUUGGGCGACUGAACGGGGGGAUGAACUAUCCUACCAUCCUGCCGUCGUUUGUGUGCAGCUACAGCAGUAAGACGCCGCCGCCGCACUCCCAGCAGUGUGGACACAGUCCAGAGCAGCACCCACCAAACCACCCAGCGUCUGAACACUCAGAGACACUGAACAAACUCUACCAGCUCAUGGGACAACACAGUCGCCAGAGGCUGCUGUACCAGCUGGCAGGCGUGGUGCCCAGUCCUCUGCUCCUGGAGCUGCUCAGCUCUCUGUGUGCCCGCAGCCUGGAGACCUUGGAACUGGAACUGGGAGACCUGGAGGGAGGCAGGGGAGAGGCUGACGGGCUGCACGACUUCCCCCAGGUCAGACUGCACAGGGGUGCACUAAUGAUGAUGGCGGGGGAUUUGAGAGGUGGGCGAUGUCGGGGCAGAAGGCGAGGAGUCGUGGAGUACAAAAAUGGAGUUGUUCACGCCUGGGUCGGCUUUAGGGAAAAACUGAAGAGGAUUGUGGAAAGUAAAUACUUCAACCGAGGGAUCAUGAUCGCCAUCCUCGUCAAUACUCUCAGCAUGGGGAUAGAGUACCACGAGCAGCCUGAGGAGUUGACUGAUGUGUUGGAGAUCAGUAACAUUGUUUUCACCAGCAUGUUUGUCCUGGAGAUGGGCUUCAUGCUGCUGGCUUUUGGCUUGUUUGGAUACAUCAGGAACCCGUACAACAUAUUCGACAGCAUCAUUGUGAUCAUCAGUGUUUGGGAGAUAAUUGGUCAGGCAGACGGUGGGUUGUCGGUCUUGCGAACAUUUCGUCUGCUGCGAGUUCUGAAGCUGGUCCGCUUCCUGCCGGCCUUGAGGAGACAACUGGUGGUGCUGAUGAAGACCAUGGACAACGUGGCCACGUUUUGCAUGCUGCUGAUGCUCUUCAUCUUCACUUUCAGUAUUCUGGGUAUGCAUCUGUUUGGCUGCAAAUUCGGUCUUAAGACAGAGACGGGAGACACCAUCCCUGACCGCAAGAACUUUGACUCUCUGCUGUGGGCCAUCGUCACUGUAUUCCAGAUUCUUACUCAGGAGGACUGGAACGUGGUGUUGUAUAACGGCAUGGCCUCCACCUCUCCAUGGGCGGCUCUCUACUUCGUCGCUCUCAUGACGUUCGGCAACUAUGUGCUUUUCAACUUACUUGUGGCCAUUUUGGUUGAGGGCUUCCAGGCUGAGGGUGAUGCUAAUCGGUCGGAGUCAGACGAUGAGAAGAAAUCAGACAACUUUGAGGAAGACGAGAAGGUGGAACAACUCAGAGACACUGAACUCAAAAUGUACUCUCUUAUGAUGACAGCCAACGGUCACGUCGAUCCUCGCAGCUCGAUAGCUCCUCCAAUUAUCAUGCGCACAGCAGCCACACCUAUGCCCACCCCUAAGAGCUCCCUGGGACCUGACUCUAUCCUCGGAGAGGAGCUCAUGUACAGAGAGGGGGUGCCUCAAUAUGGCGAGGGACUCGGGAUAAGCCAGGCAGGAAGUGGUCAUGUGGAGUCUCGCCGGGGAAGCUCCACCUCCACCACCAUGGACCCUUUAGCCUUUGACCAGCAUUCUCUGAACCUCUCAAGUCCUGGCCGGCGCUCCCCUCUGCCUGCUCGCUCAUGGGGAAGCCGUCGCUCCAGCUGGAACAGCCUGGGUAGAGCACCAAGCCUCAAAAGGCGAGACACCAGUGGCGAGAGGGAGAGCCUGUUAUCUGGAGAGGGAGGAGAGGAGGAAGAUGGAGCGGAGGCCGGGGGAAACAACAGACUACGGCCAGAUUCCUUGGAGCUGCUGCAGGCGUCUACUCUCUGCCCUUCCAUAAUAGCAGAGUACGGUGACUGUAACGGGAGGACCCUGACCUAUGACCCCAACUUAAACUGCGACCCCAAGGACGACUCCUCACCUGAUGAUGACAUUGAUGAUGAUAGUUCUUUCUGCUUCUGGUUGAAAAAAGAGAUUCGUGACAUGAAGCCCCGCUGGUGCAAAGAACAUGAAGACUGGACGCUGUAUUUAUUCUCUCCAGAAAGCAAAAUCCGUGCGUGGUGCCAAAGUGUGAUCUCUCACAAAUUGUUCGACCAUGUGGUUCUGGUCUUCAUCUUCCUCAACUGCAUCACCAUCGCCCUGGAAAGACCUGACAUACAGCCUCAUAGCACGGAGCGAAAGUUUCUGAGUGUGUCCAACUAUGUUUUCACUGUGAUCUUCCUGGCGGAGAUGGCCAUUAAGGUUAUAGCGCUCGGUUUCUGCUUCGGAAAUCAGACUUACCUCCAGUCCAGCUGGAACGUUCUGGAUGGUUUGUUGGUAUUUGUGUCUCUGGUCGACAUCCUGGUCUCUCUGGCUUAUACCGGCGGAAACAGGAUCCUGGGCAUCCUCAGAGUCCUACGCCUGCUACGAACACUACGCCCCCUGAGGGUAAUCAGCCGAGCACCAGGACUGAAGCUGGUUGUGGAGACACUCAUCACCUCUCUCCGACCCAUUGGGAACAUUGUCCUUAUCUGCUGUGCUUUCUUCAUUGUCUUUGGCAUCUUGGGGGUGCAGCUGUUCAAAGGGAAGUUCUACCACUGUGAAGGUCUGGACACGAAAAACAUCACCAACAAGUCUGACUGUCAGCAGGCCAAUUACCGCUGGAUACGAAGGAAGUACAACUUUGACAACCUGGUUCAGGCUCUGAUGUCUUUGUUUGUGCUGUCCUGUAAGGAUGGCUGGGUCAACAUCAUGUAUGACGGCCUGGAUGCUGUGGGAGUGGACCAACAGCCUGUGAGAAACCACAACCCCUGGAUGCUGCUCUACUUCAUCUCCUUCCUGCUCAUCGUCAGUUUCUUCGUCCUCAACAUGUUCGUCGGCGUUGUGGUGGAGAACUUCCACAAGUGCCGGCAGGACCAGGAAGAGGAGGAGGCCCGCUUACGGGAAGAGAAGAGGCUCAAAAUGAUAGAGAAAAAGCGCAGGAGUAAGGAGAAUGGAGGGGCUGAGGCCAAGCAGAGGCCUUACUAUGCCGACUACUCUCCCCUGCGUCUGUCCAUCCACACACUGUGUACCAGCCACUACCUGGACCUCUUUAUCACCUUCAUCAUCUGCAUCAACGUCUUCACCAUGAGCAUCGAGCACUACAAUCAGCCGCAGUAUUUAGAGGAGGUUCUGAAGUACUGUAACUACGUGUUUACCUGCAUCUUCAUCGUUGAGGCUCUGCUCAAACUUGCAGCAUUCGGCUUGCACAGGUUCUUCAAAGACAGGUGGAAUCAGCUGGAUAUAGCUAUAGUGGCGCUGUCCAUAAUGGGCAUCACCCUGGAGGAGCUGAAAAUGAGCGCCGCACUGCCCAUAAACCCCACCAUCAUCCGAAUCAUGAGAGUACUCAGGAUAGCACGAGUGCUAAAACUUCUGAAGAUGGCCACUGGGAUGCGAUCGCUGCUUGAUACCGUCAUGCAAGCCCUGCCGCAGGUGGGAAAUCUCGGCCUCCUCUUCAUGCUGCUCUUCUUCAUCUACGCUGCACUGGGAGUGGAGCUGUUUGGCAAACUGGAAUGCAGUGACAUCAACCCAUGUGAGGGUCUGAGUCGUCACGCAACCUUCGAGAACUUUGGGAUGGCCUUCCUCACACUGUUUCGAGUGUCCACUGGAGACAACUGGAAUGGGAUUAUGAAAGACACGUUAAGGGAGUGUCUUCCAGAGGACCGCCACUGUCUCACCUACCUGCCCUUGGUUUCUCCGAUUUACUUUGUCACCUUUGUGCUCAUGGCCCAGUUUGUGCUGGUCAAUGUGGUGGUGGCUGUUUUGAUGAAACAUCUAGAGGAAAGCAACAAGGAGGCUAAAGAGGAUGCAGAGAUGGAUGCAGAAAUCGCCUUGGAAAUGGCCAUGGAGAGGCAACGCAAAUUAAGCACAACCUCCAAUAACAGUUCAGCAGAAGGGACCUAUGUUGGGCCAUGUCCAAAUUCACCCGGACAGGAGGAAGAGGUGAAGUACCGUGACCUGGACCUGCUGUCAUUAAGGAAGAUGUCUGUAUCCAGGAUGCACUCUCUACCGAACGACAGCUACAUGUUCCAACCUGUACGACCCGCCAGCGCCCCCUACCCUCUGGAGGAGGUAGAGCUCAGCCCCCAGCACCAGCACUCAGGCUCAGUGACGUCGGUCCAUUCCCAGCCAUGUGAUAGUCGCACGCUGCUGCAGGUACCAGACGUUUCCCCCGUUCACCCGCGGUCACCUCCCACUCUCACCUUGCCCCGCAUUGCCCCGCCCACGCCCAGCCCCUCCCCCCGGGCCCUGCGCAGACAGGUUGCAGUUAAAGUUGAUUCUAUGGAGUCUCAGGGUUGUGAGCAACAAGAGAGGCCCAACCCUGUCCAACUGCCUCCCCUCUCCCCGUCUCCCCUCUCUCCUCACACCUCCUCUCCAUCUCCCCCCCUCUCUCUCCCACCCUGCUCCCCUUCUGCCUUCCCUCUUCCUCCUCCCUCUCCUCUGCAUCCUCUACUGUCCCCCCCGUCUCCGCUCCCUCCUCCUCCAUCAUCCCCUUCGCUUCUCCUCCCUCCACCUCCCUCUCCACGUCUCCCUUUGCGUCCUCCCAGCCUGCGGAGACCUAGACCGCCCUCCGCCGUCUCCCUCUGCGACCCGGCAGACGAAGAGGUGUAUCACAUCACCAGCUCGGCUCGCCAAAGGUGGGGAGACGAGGAGGAAGGAGGGCAGCAGAGCAGAGGGAAGACCGGCCGCAGCCACUCCCUCUCCCCUUACACCAAACCGUGCUCUCCCAACUCCUCCUCGCCUCCUCCUCCCCCACUUCCGCCUUCCUCCUCGAGGAGCGCACUCAGUCUGCUCGGGGCGGGAUUGACGGACCGUGACUUUAGGAAAGGUUUAAGCAUUGACAACAAGGCCUUCCUGGACGAGCCGUCAUCUUUGUCUGCUGGUCACCCGGAGGACCAUCGGCGCCACUCCAUCGAAGUCUGCCUCCCACAAGCCGUCAUCACCAGUGACGACCAACACUUUACACGUGAGGCCCAACGCUUGGAAAAAGGUGGUCAGGCGUUUCCUGUAAGGGUGCAGUCAGUCGGCGGCGGCCACAGAAAGAAGAAAAUGAGCCCUCCUUGUAUUUCCAUCCACCCGCCGUCAGAUAGGGAACACCCCCAAAUUGCCUCACCCCCAAAACUGGCUGACUGCAGCAUGAUGCUGAGACGCAGGACGCCGUCCUACGACUUGACCCCGCACUCAAACACGCAAGACGCCUCAGAUUCGCGGACGCAUUCCCCGAUGCACACGGCGCUCACACCCAUCCACGCGCCGCUGCAAGCAUACUCACCAACAAACGCGCCGACACAUUCACGGGGUUCUACUCCGACACACACUCAGACAUACACACCACCGCACGCGUCCACGCCUACUCUCCCGCACAUCCCGAUCAGCCCAAACAUCUUCAUCCAGCCUCACGCACCUCUCGUCCCGAUGCCUUUCUCACAGACGCACUCCCUCUCCCCCGGCGCGAGGCACUCGUCUCUCACAGGGGACUACAUCCCCCUUCCACAGUUCACCUUCGACCAACCGCAGUCCAGAUACAUGAGCGGACUGUCAGAUACCGAUACCGCCACCUGCUCUUCCCCUUUCGACAACAGACUGGGAAGCGGCGCAGGAUUCAGUGCAAAGAAUCGGAGGACCGCCCAAUGA